UUGGUGUGAUCAUCCUGCUGCUAUUGACGUUAGUUUUGGCGAACAGAUCGCUUACAAAUAGCCAACUAGAGUGUGAAGAACUUAGUGGAUCAUUCUCAAAUAAAGUGACUGUUACCGACACCGCAAAUGCAUGUGUUCCAAAGUAUCCAGAAUCAAUCUCCAGUGUGCGAAAUUUACGCAAAAAAAGAUAUUUUAAUCCGCCGCAACCUAGAACCUCAGUGCACCCCCCUUAUGGGAAACGACUCUGUACUCAGCAAGACGUUCGAGAUUAUCAAUCAAAUUACGCAGCUCCAAAUGAAGCACAGCUAUCAACACAGCCAUAUCGUAAGAUAGAUCGAUCGCAAUACGAAAUAUCUUACACAAUGUCACCGUUAUAUGAGAUUUCUUCAUUUCAGAGUACUUCAUUUGGCCUUCUCUCGCUCGCCCUUGGAAUGAUGUUGGUAACAAUUACGAAACUAAACAUCCUCUCUCAAAAAUGCCUGAGAGAAAUUGUUACUGUCCCUAUCCCCUAAUGGCAAAUAACAAGCUGUGUUAUCAUGGUAUAACAUGUUUUCCAAAAACAACCACCUCUAUAAUAUCAACUACAACGGCCAUCAUUCCUACAUCUUCUACAACUGCAUCCAUCACUUCUUCAACUUCAACGAUAACAACAAUAUCUUCAAGCAAUACGGAAACUACUACAACUCCCACGGAAACUACCACUUCAACAACCCCCACGGAAACUACAACAUCAACAACCCUCACGGAAACUACUACUAAAACUCUCACUGAAACUACAACAAUAACCCCCACGGAAAUUACCACUACAACUCCGAUUGAAACUACAACAAUAACUCCCACGGAAACAACCACUACAACAACCCCUACAGAAACUACAACAACAACCCCCACGGAAACUACCACUACAACAACCCCCACGGAAACUACAACAUCAACAACUCCCACGGAAACUACCACUACAACAACUCCCACGGAAACUACAACAUCAACAACCUCCACGGAAACUACCACUUCAACAACCCCCACGGAAACUACAACAUCAACAACCCCUACAGAAACAACCACUACAACAACCCCUACAGAAACUACAACAACAACCCCCACGGAAACUACCACUACAACAACCCCCACGGAAACUACAACAUCAACAACUCCCACGGAAACUACCACUACAACAACUCCCACGGAAACUACAACAUCAACAACCUCCACGGAAAGUACCACUUCAACAACCCCCACGGAAACUACAACAUCAACAACCCCUACAGAAACUACAACAACAACCCCCACGGAAACUACCACUUCAACAACCCCCACGGAAACUUCCACUACAACAACUCCCACGGAAACUACAACAACAACCCUUACAGAAACUACAACAACAACCCCAACAGAAACUACCACUACAACCUCAACUGAAACUACUCCUACAACAACCCCCACGGAAACUACAACAUCAACAACCCCCACGGAAACUACAACAUCAACAACCCCCACGGAAACUACCACUACAACAACCCUUACAGAAACUACAACAACAACCCCCACAGAAACUACCACUACAACCUCAAGUGAAACUACCACUACAACAACUCCCACGGAAACUACAACAUCAACAACCCCUACGGAAACUACCACUUCAACAACCCCCACGGAAACUACCACUACAACCUCAACUGAAACUACUACUACAACUCCCAUUGAAACUACAACAAUAACCCCCACGGAAACUUCCACUACAACCUCAACUGAAACUACCACUUCAACAACUCCCACGGAAACUACCACUACAACAACCCUUACAGAAACUACAACAACAACCCCCACAGAAACUACCACUACAACCUCAAGUGAAACUACCACUACAACAACUCCCACGGAAACUACAACAUCAACAACCCCUACGGAAACUACCACUUCAACAACCCCCACGGAAACUACCACUACAACCUCAACUGAAACUACUACUACAACUCCCAUUGAAACUACAACAAUAACCCCCACGGAAACUUCCACUACAACCUCAACUGAAACUACCACUUCAACAACUCCCACGGAAACUACCACUACAACAACCCUUACAGAAACUACAACAACAACCCCCACAGAAACUACCACUACAACCUCAAGUGAAACUACCACUACAACAACUCCCACGGAAACUACAACAUCAACAACCCCUACGGAAACUACCACUUCAACAACCCCCACGGAAACUACCACUACAACCUCAACUGAAACUACUACUACAACUCCCAUUGAAACUACAACAAUAACCCCCACGGAAACUUCCACUACAACCUCAACUGAAACUACCACUUCAACAACUCCCACGGAAACUACCACUACAACAACCCUUACAGAAACUACAACAACAACCCCCACAGAAACUACCACUACAACCUCAAGUGAAACUACCACUACAACAACUCCCACGGAAACUACAACAUCAACAACCCCUACGGAAACUACCACUUCAACAACCCCCACGGAAACUACCACUACAACCUCAACUGAAACUACUACUACAACUCCCAUUGAAACUACAACAAUAACCCCCACGGAAACUACCACUACAACCUCAACUGAAACUACUACUACAACUCCCAUUGAAACUACAUCAAUAACCCCCACGGAAACUACCACUACAACAACUCCCACGGAAACUACCACUACUACAAUUCCACCUACAACGACAACUACUACAACCCCACCGACAACGACAACAACUACAACUCCACCUACAACUACCACUACAACAACCCCAACUACAACAACCCCAACUACAACAACCCCAACUACAACAACAACAACUACAACUCCACCUACAACGACAACUACUACAACUCCACCUACAACUACUACUACAACAACCCCAACUACAACGACAACUACUACAACUCCACCUACAACGACAACUACUACAACUCCACCUACAACUACUAAUACAACAACCCCAACUACAACGACAACUACUACAACUCCACCUACAACGACAACUACUACAACUCCAUCUACAACAACAACAACAACUAGAACCCUACCUACAACGACUCCAACUACCACAAGGGUUGUACCUUCACCCACUAGAGCAACACCUCGACCUUAGUACAUCGUACAGUUCAGUUCAGUUUCUGCUUAACAGGAAUGCUGAAAACCCUUAUGAAUUGUAAAAUUUCUUCGUGUUGUAACAGUCACGAGCAGCAAUGAUUAUUAAUGCGAGCAUGAUUUCCAUUUCCAUCAAAAGCGAAGCAUCCAGCAUGUGCAUUAUUUGAUUUGUUUUAUUGAAAUUUACUUGCCUCUAGGGCUUUAUUAUAAUUAA